AGGAGUUGCGGUGGGGAAACAAACUUUGCUCGGGAGAUGUCUCCGGCUCGUUCUUCCCCGGAGCCUGUCAGAAACAGUCUGAUAGAUGAUGCGAAGGCCCGCUUAAAAGAGCAUGAUGCUGGGACCAGAUAUUCUCAUUUGUCGUAUGACAAAUACUCCGUCCUUUUACCGUUGCUGGUGAAAGAAGGAAAACUCCAUUUGUUGUUCACCCUCCGGUCGGAGAAGCUACGCAGGUCUCCUGGAGAAGUUUGCUUUCCUGGAGGCAAGUGUGAACCCACAGAUGUGGAUGAUGUGGCCACGGCUGUCCGGGAAGCCCAGGAGGAAGUGGGGCUGUGCCCCCGUCAGGUGGAGGUCGUCUGCCGCCUGGUGCCGUAUCUGCUUGAGAGAGAUACGCUGAUAACCCCCGUUGUGGGAUUCAUAGACCACAAGUUCCAGGCCCAGCCCAAUCCCGAUGAGGUGAAGAAGGUGUUCCUGGUGCCUCUGGAAUAUUUCCUGCAUCCGCAGGUCUACCACCAGAGUCACAUGACAUUUUCUGGCCAUGAUGUUGUUGUUCACUGCUUUGAGUACAGACAUCCUGAAGAUGGUGUCACCUACCAGAUCAAGGGAAUAACGGCGAAACUUGCCCUGUUCGUUGCCUUAAUUAUUUUGGGGAAAAAACCCACCUUCGACGUUGAAUUUAAUCUCAGCGAUCUAAUGUCAUCCUCUGAAGAGAUCUUCCUGAAGCGGCAUAAACGUGCUACAAGCAAGUUAUGAUUUGUGAGACGAACAUCCAAAUAACUAAGAGGAUUUGGUAUGUGCUUAUCCACAAGGACAACAAUAACGCCAGCUGUCGGAAAUGGACGGGCGCGAGUAUCGUUCCCACAGUAUGAAGGUAAAAGAUACCUUGCCUUUUUCCCCCUUGCCCUCUAUUACCCGAAAGAGCAAAACGUCUUUCGAAAGUGGAAAAAUGUGAGGGGCGCCUGGGGGCUCAGUCGGUGAAACAUCCAACUUCAGCU